AUGUCGGCGGCUGCCCUUGCGUUCGAUCCGGACUCGACUUAUGGCGCGCUGCUUGUCGGUGCCAUUCUUUCCGCUAUAUUAUUCGGCGUGUCCACCGUGCAAAUCUACAUCUACCACUCUCGUUUCCUGGACGACAAUCGUGUCAUAAAGGCUUUGGUGUCGAUCGUUUGGCUCUGCGAGGUCCUACACCUGACCUUCGUCAGCCACACCCUCUACACAUGGAUCGUAACUGACUGGGGCCACCCCGAGCUUCUCCUCGCGAAGGCUCCGUUUUCGCUCGGCGCCGCGAUCAUCAUUACGACCACAGUCUCCUGCCUCGUCCAGGGCUUCUUCUCGUGGCGCAUCCAGCGCAGCAAGGUGCAACAAUCGUCUGCGUUUGUCGACCAGAUUAUCAAGUGGACGGUCGAAACCGGCGUCACGACGAGCUUGUUCACGACUGUCAUCCUUAUCUGCUUCCACCAGAUGCCCCAUAAUCUCAUAUGGCUCGGUCUGUGGGUUAUGGAGGCCCGAUUGUUCGCCAAUUCUCUCUUCGCUAGCUUGAACUCGCGCACUGCUCUCCGAGAGAUGCGCAACAACUUCGAGUCGCACUCAGGCGGUCGCUCCAGCAGCGGAAAUGAGAUGCAGCGCCGCAGGGGCCCAUUCGCCGCCGCUCCGCCAAUAACUGGCAUCUCGGUCGAGAUGCACUCGCACAUCGACAUGGGAGACCCUGACCGCGACGUGGAGAUGGCCAAGGCCAGCGCCUGGUGA